CACGGAACUCAGUUACACACACAGUCCCAAACUCUCCUACAGAUGAGAUUAUCUGUGUCUUUGACACGAGCAGUCACAGAAAAUAACGGGAACAGUCAACAGUUUGGGAUCUUUGGAUUGUAAAGAUAUGGAUCGCAGAGGCUGGAGUUUGUGGACUCAAACAUCUGUUCUUCUGUUUUUCUGUCUGUUGCAGGCGCAGACUUUCACCCUCAUGACAACCAACCUCUGUAAGUGGUGUGACCACUCGAGUCCUGUAUGUGAAGACAAUGUCUGUAUGAGCAACUGCAGUCUGACCUCUUACUGUACUCUGGCUGAAGAAGUGUGUGUAGCAAUAUGGAAGAAGGACAAUGUGAGUGUGAGUGUACGGACACUGUGUUAUAACCCACAGGAUAUGCUUGAGAACAUAAUGCUGGCCAACUACUCCUCCAAAGAGUGUUUGAUGACACCUCAGCCCUCUGAGGAUGGCCUGCUCUUCAUCUGCGGCUGUAUUGGAAAUCACGAGUGCAAUGACAAACUCAUCUUUGACAAAGGAGCCAAUGGAUUCUCAAAGCUGAAGUCAAAAGACGUCAUUCCAGUGGUAGUCAUAAGCCUGGUUCCACCUCUCCUCGUGGCUGUCAUUGCUACCAUGGCUUUUUACCUGUACCGUAUACGUCAGCCUGGCAAACAACCUAAAGACUGGGCACCAAGGCGCACCCAAUACCAGUCUCUGGAUCGAGCAGAGGGUUGCGUUGGCCAAGCAAAUGGUAGCGAUUACCAUGGCAAGCUGCCAUCCCUCAGUGAUGAUGCCAAUUCAGAAAUAUCAUCAACUUGUGCCAAUAACCUCAACCACAACACAGAGCAGUUACCCAUCCAGUUGGAGGCGCUGGUGGGUAAGGGGCGAUUUGCCGAAGUAUGGCGGGCAAGGCUUAGCCACAAUGAGGGUGGGCAGUAUGAAACGGUAGCAGUGAAGAUCUUCCCGGCAGUGGAGUAUACUUCAUGGCGGAACGAAAGGGCCAUAUUCUCUGACGCCGACUUAAAACAUGAGAAUGUGGUGCAGUUCUUGACUGCUGAGGAGCGAGGUGGUACUGCUGGUGGCCCCCAGAGGCAAUACUGGCUCAUCAUGGCCUAUUACAGUCUUGGGAACCUCCAGGAUUUUCUAGCUAGUCAUAUCCUCACAUGGGCUGAGCUGUGCUCACUAGCAGGCUCUGUGGCAAGGGGCCUGGCACAUCUGCACAGCGACACCACGCCCUGCGGCAUGCCAAAGGUGCCCAUCGCACAUAGAGAUCUGAAGAGCAGCAACAUUGUGUUGAAAAGCACUAGCGAGUGUGCGCUCUGUGAUUUUGGACUGGCUCUGCAACUCGACCUCUCCCUCACAGUAGAUGAUUUUGCCAACAGCGGGCAGGUGGGGACAGCACGCUACAUGGCCCCUGAAGUUCUGGAGUCCAGGGUGAAUCUAGAAGAUUUGGAGUCCUUUAAACAGAUGGAUGUCUACUCCAUGGCCCUUGUGCUGUGGGAAAUGGUCUCUAGGUGUGAUGUCAUUGGAGAGGUGAAGAGUUAUGAGCCCCCAUUUGCCUCCAAGGUGCGUGAGCAGCCAUGUGUAGACAGCAUGAGAGACCUGGUGUUAAGAGACAGAGGAAGACCAGACAUCCCAGAGAGCUGGACAACACAUCCAGGCAUGCAGCUGUUGUGUGCGACUAUAACUGAGUGCUGGGAUCAUGACCCAGAGGCUCGUCUGACGGCACACUGUGUGGUAGAGCGCUUUAAUACUCUGGCACAGGAAGAGUUGGAGAACUCCAUGUCCAACCACACACCCAUACUGCCAUCCAUAGAGCAGCAAACCCCAUCACUCCACCCUUCUCCUCUGCCCUGCAUGGACCACAGCACUGGCAUCCAUCCUCCCAUUACAACUGACACGUAGAUCAAUGCUUCCUCCAGGCAACAGUCAAAUGUGACCUACCUGAAAAAUCAGACUUGUUUUUGUAAUACAUAUUGGUUCAUUAUGUGGAGCUGGUCUCCAUUUCUCUUUAAAUGCUUAACAGUUGGACAAGAGAUGGGUUCUGUGCCAAAAUAUCCCUGUUUCUUGUGUACUGUUGCAGAGGAUGCAGUUAGGGGUUGAACAUUUCUCCAUAAGGCUGCAUUGUGUGGCAAUGCAACAAAAGGUGUAGUAGGUGGGGAGAUGUGGAGGGUACUUGCUUGGCAGAAGGCUCCUUAACCCUAUAAAGCUGUGUGUAUCAUAUUUGAUACAUGAUCUUCUAAAGCUUCUACAUCAUCAACAUGAUGAAUACUUUGCUGAAAAACCUGUUGCAUGCUAGUUGUCUACAGCCUCCUGGUGAAAGUUGCUGUGCACUUCUGGAAGUAGAAGACCUUGUAAAACAUUUUUUAAAUGGCCGCCUUCGUAUUGUGACGCACAUGUCUUUUGCAGUGAAAUAUUUAAUGUAAAAUUAACAGUAAUGUUUAUAUUGUUACUGAGAUUUCAAAAUGAUAAUUUGCUGAAUUAAAGAGACUUGUGCUUGGAUACAAUUUCAUACAUUAUUUUAAUAGAAAAAUCAUGUUGAAAUGUAUUAAAUAUGACACACCAGGCUUUUGAGUUAUAUCUCUCAAUUAUCAUUAUAUUACAUUCAUGCCCACCACCACAAUAAAAAACACAGAGCUUUGAAAAUACUGAAAAUAAUUUUUAUAGGAUAUAUUUAAAGUGGGGACUGAUAUUUAUGUUUUUAUAUAUAUAUAUAUAUAUAUAUAUAUAUAUAUAUAUAUAUAUAUAUAUAUAUAUAUGCAGCCUGCUCUGACAUUUUAAAGAUCUCAUUUUGCAUUACAAGCUAUUAUGAUGUCAUCUUACUAUAUAACCUCCAGAGACCCAGCAAAAAAAUUUUUUUACAAUUUGCUUUUUUUAAACGUCAAUAUAGUGUUUGGUGCAUACAUAUAUAUAGGAAGUUGUCAUUUGGUCUCUCUGAAAAGCCCAGGCUGUCCUCUUAAGGUAUGCCUACAUUUACUACUGUGGCAUGUAUGGGCCAAGAGAGACUUAAAUAACAAUAGCCCUAUACAAAAAUGAAUUGCUGGGUCUCAGGAGAAUAAUUACAUUUAAAGCCUGAUGUAUGAAAUAUGAUAAAAAUUUCAAUAGGUAAUUUUUAUUUAUUUUUUUAGAUUUUAUCUAUUGAUUAAAAAAAAAAAAAAAAAAAACAGCUCCAUUAAAAAAAAAAAAAAAAAAAAAAAGAAUAAUUUUCUGGCUAUUAUUUCCUAUGUCAGGAUUUAUAGGGUUACUGUGCAAAGUGUGCCAUCCUUACUAAAAAUGUUUACCCCAAUUUUCUCGUUCGACAUUUUUUCUUUCCCCUUUCUGAGUCACUCAUUUUUAACAUCCGCAUGAGAUCCUCCCUUAAAUUCAGAUUUGCGUGGCCUUCAAUUUGAUAAACCACAGACCUGCAGCUGAAAUUACGAGUCAAAAGGACGAAACAAGAGUGACCGGAAAUAACUGCUGUUGUUAGAUGUAAAAAAAAAAAAAGAAAAAAAAAAAAAAAAAGGCCAGUUUCAACGUAUUGCUCAUUCUGUCUCAGAAACUUCAAAAUGUGCCGCAGGUCUCGUGUUUUUUUUCCCCUUUUGCUAAGAAUGAGUUCAUUUGUGUCAUUGUGCACUGAUCCUUUGUAACCACUGACCUGAUUACUUAAAUGACAAGCAGAUAAAAGUAUUUUCAUCAAUAAUAAUGUCUGGUCAAAAUGACCUUCUUCAGAAGUUGUAGAACAUCCUGUUCAUUCCAGACUUUGUGGUAAUCAGUUAACUCAUCCAAAUUAAAAGGAAUAAAGGAACCUUUAGAAGAUUCACUCCAGAUGAUAAACAAGGUUCAAUAAGCAAAUGAUUUGUUAAUUACGUCAGCGAGCUCGGGACAAAGACUAAUUGAGAAAAGCAUGACACUGAAUUCACCAUUUGCUAAUCUCUGCCCCCUCUAUGAAAAUUGUCACUAUUAAAGGAAUAUUCCAGGUUCAAUACAAGUUUAGCUCAAUCGACAGCAUUUGUGGUAUAAUAUUGAUUACCACAAAAAUUCAUUUUGACUCAUCCCUUCUUUUCUUAAACAAACAAACGAAACAGUGAGGCACAUACAAUGGAAGUGAAUGGGGUCAAUCCGUAAAUAUUAAAAAACUGUUUCAAAAGUAUAGCCGCAAGACAUAAAUAAUAUGCGUGUUUACAUUAUUUUAAUGUGAUAAAACCAUUGAUUAACCUUUUCUGUGUAAAGCGAUAUCCACUUUUACAACUUUGUUGCCAUGAUGUAGUCAACAAACCCUAAAAUGACUGGACAAAGUACAGUUUAAACAACUUUACAGCUCAGAUUCUACUCUAUUUUUGCCUUUAAACCCUCUAAAAAUUGCCCACAUUCACUUCCAUUGUAAGUGUCACACUGUAACGUCAAUUUUUGCUUUUUGUUUUUAAAGAAAAGUACUGACGAGUCGAAAGUAUUUUUGUGGUAAUCAACAUUACGCCACAAACGCUGUCGAUUAAGCUGAACUUGUAUUGAACCCAGAAUAUUCCUUUACAUGGUGGCCAGACAACGUUUUACCGAAAAAACUAUCCAAACACAGGAUGAAUCGCCAGUAACAUUUUUAAAGCAGGGCUUAGCAAAAAGUCAGUCUUAACAAAGCUUAACAUUUUUUUUUUUUUUUUUUUUAAAGCAAUCUGAGGUUCAUCCAAUUCUUCAGAGCUAGUUUGAGGACAUGGAAAAUUCAUACCAGAUUGCACACUGGAAAAAGGACUGAUGCAGAUAAAUAUUUUCUGUGCAAAUGUCAACAUGAACAUAUGGCAACCUGUUAUGUUUUCCAGUACUAAAGAUGAAGCAAACAAAGAUGUAGAGUAAUUUUUCCCUUUCCUAUUGUAAACUGGUUUCACUAUUGUGCUAUAAGAAGUAAACAUAAUUGAUGCAUAACAUGUCGGUUUUUUAAUCAACAUCAAGAUUUUAGGUUAAAAUGUAUAAGAUUAUUAAACAAAAACUUUGUUUUUCACCAUUUGAAUCACCUUUUUGCCUUCACUCAUUUUUAAUGGUCAUGUGGUGUUACAAAUUAAUACUUUAUGUAGUCUCUCAGUUGACAUGAGGUCAUAAAAGCUGCAGGCCUAUAUGUCAACUUCCCAAUGCGCAGUCCAAAAGUCUGAGAUCAUACUGAAAAUCUGGGAUUGCAAAUAGAAUUUAAACAUGGAAAUAAAGUAUUUAAAAAAAAAAAAUGAAAACAAAGAAACAUUAUGACAUAAAAGAUUAAGAAUUAUUUUAGAUUCUGCAUUAUUUCUAGAUGGCUAAUCAAAUAAGCAAACUGUGACAUUUAUCAUGUUAACUCCUUUGUACAAAAGGUUUCCUUGCUUCCAUUGAAGCACACAAGCUAAGCUAUUAGGAAAAUUCUCAAAACAUGCUGGGAUAACAUGGAUCAUCAGGUUUUGCACAAACCAGCUCGAGUGCAUGCUUCCAUUAAAGCAAAAGGACAACAUACUAAAUGCUAAAAUAUUCAUGGUAAUUUUUCAAUUCAACUUUUCAUUCAAAUUGUUAUUUUGAUAAUG